AUGCCGCGCGGGUCAACCAUUAACAAGAGACUGCUUGGUGCCGUCAUUACGGGUGAUACCAGACAUGAAAAUAUUCCUGUAGGCUCGAGCAAGAAGGCGUGGAAACAUAGGAGCAGCAUUUACGUUAACGGUCAUGCAAAGGCGCCAGACUCCCUCACAACGUCUUCAUCCCCUACCAGAAAUGGGCACUACGCAGUCUCUAGCGACAACGCGAUUAAUAUCAAGAUGGAAGCCGAAAACCUAAGCAAAAGCUUGCCCAUGUAUUCCAAGUGCUCGUCUGAUCCGUAUCCUCAGAGCAUUCCCGAGUCUAGCGCUCUCGAGACUCAUCGUCAUAUUGAUGUAAACGCUGCUAAAAAUCCGGCCGUACAUCGAGACUUGGGCCCGCUUAACCUUGCUUUCACAGUACUACGAUCCUGUCCACUCAGCGAUACACUUGCUAUCCUCAUUGUUCUUCUUCAAAUUCCACCAACCUUCCUCUCCAUGAUACACCUCCUCUUUGCAACUCUAACUUUUGUUCCUUCGUCAUCAGUUGCAACGUCGGGCCUAACUUACACAGACGUUCUGCAAGGAAAUCUAGGUACCCCAUCGCUCACUACCAUAGUUUUCCUAGACUUCGCCGUACUCUUAGUGUGGUUAUUUCUCUGGAGCCCGAUGCAGAAUAUCGCACUCGAUUUGGCGCAAACUGUUAUCGCAAUCACUCUUGGCGGAGGAACAAGUGGUAAAGAGGCUGGAAUACGGAACGUCUUAUGGUGCUUAGGAAUCACGGGCGCCUCGCAUUUUUUUCGGACUGGUCAAGUUCGGAACUCGAGUUUACGCUCGUUUUUCUCUUCCGACCCAGGAUCUUCUUCAGAUCCGGAUGACCCUCUCGACCCUAUCAUGCAUAAAGGUGGAAGAAAUCUAGACCUGAUCAGAAGUGUCCUCGCAAUACACAUCGUGACACAAGGCGUUGUUCGUUACAUUCGGGAUUGGUAUGUACGAAGAGAAAAUCGAGAUAUCUCUGUAACCUUCGGGGAUCCAGAAGCAGGACAAUAUACAGUCGAUAUGAACAGUGACGUAUCAAUAUCACAGAUGCCGGAAAGUGAAUGCUCGGCCUCAUCAUCGACCAGCACAGCGUCUACCACAAUUAAAAAAAAGAAAAGAAGCUGUGCGCAAGUUAGGAUUCAGCAGCCACUGUGGGCAGCUUUAGCAAGCACAAAGAUUGUUAUGGUCAAGGAGUAUGAAACCUCGCAUACUGCUGCCGAAUCCGCGGGUACAAAUGCUACCGAUAUGAACAAUCUCGGAAACGCACCUUUUGAUACUGAGGCCGACAAAAUUUGGCUAACCUAUGUUGGAUCAGAUGAAGUAUAUUUUAGUACCAGUUAUUUCCCAACGCACACCACAACAGGAGUUGAACGUUCUAUGGGACAAACGAAUAUAGACACAUCUAAGCCGUUCUUUGUCAAGAUCAACAACACAGUUUGGCAGUCCGCUAGAAUAUAUGCAGUAACUGAUUCUGACUCUCCAGAUCAUCCCAUUACAAAGUGGGCAGGAGAAAUAAUUGGACUGGCCCCCACCUCUAAUUAUCAGUGUGAUUUCAUAAGUACUGUAGACAUGACUGUUUUGUUUUCUGCCAGCGUUCGGACUCUUCAAUCGCCAACAGCUGAUCUCGGACUUUCCAAUACCAAAACAGGUGGACGGCCUAGCUCACCCUACUCUACGCUCAAGACUUCAAUUGCUCAGGCUGUCAAAAAGUUGGAAGAAGACCGUCAGCGUCAGAAAAGCUCACGCCGAGAAGUUCGCGCCAAGCUGAACUCUUUGCGCAAGGAACUUGAGCGUUUGGUCGUAAAUAUUUCCUCGACUGGUGGCAACGACGACAAACUUAAACAAAAAGCUCAACAAAGUACUCUUCAUAUGAAACAAGCAGAUGAGGCGGCCGCAAUUCUCAGUACCCAAAUUGAGACAAUUGAAAAAAGCCAAACUGACGAGACAUCUGUAUAUUCGAAAUGUAGAAGUGAAAUUCAAUCACAACGAGAGAAGCACAAGCUCAUGCGUUCUGAGAUUAGCUCCAGCAAGUAUAAUGCGGAGCGUGAUAUUCAGGCACUUCGGAUGGAUUCAUCCAGUCUGCUACAGAAAUCUGAUAGCAGGAAGCAGCGCUUAAACAUUCUCAAUAGUAAACACGAAAGUAUUACUGAUGCUAACGCUAAGGGAAUUGAUGAAGCGCAGCGUUGGGAGUCUGGAAGAGACGUUAAACGGAAGGAACGCGCGAAUAUUCAGGCCUUUUACACUGAACGACUUCAUUCUCUUGCCUCUCAGAUAUUUGAAGGACAAGCGGCCCUCCAUGCCGUAUGUAUUGCAAUUGAGACACUAUUACAUGCCCAACAAGAGAUUUUCCAAAAUUUCAGCCCUAUUUCAAGUUCACAAAACCUUCAUACAUAUGGUGAUUUGAUAUCUGAGAAUUCGGGCACAACUGCCAGCAACUACCCUUGGAAUUCAUCGACAACUCCUAACAACGUUUUCCCAGCUGCUAAUAGCUACUCGCCAAUGCUGAGUACUGUAGUGUCUUCCAUCAAGACAGGAAAUCGAACUCGGUUGCGUAGCUCGAGUAUGCUUUCAAGCCUUUCCAAAUUUACACAGUCUAGUGAUGAAGGACCGAUACUUAGUACGGUAGGAAAGAGGCUUUUGGGUUGGGACGAUAAUGUGGAGAAUAGUAGUGGGCCAGGAAGUAGGAGUGGUAGUGUAGGAGACCCAAAAAGUCCAAUUAUAGCUAGUCAUAUAGGCUCCUCUACAAGGCAGUAA